AAUUCUAGCGGCCGCUAUGAUUUAUGUUUUAUUUUUCGUACAGAAAAACGAGGCAUUGAUACUUAAUCGCCUAAAAUUUGAGAUCUUCGCGGAAGACAUCGAAUAAAGUCGAUCUGUCCAUCUGCGGAGUCACCUCCAGCUGCCGAGAACAAUAACGUGAACAAUUCUGCGAAGUAAUUGACAAGAGUUAUCCGGUAUCUCUCGGAAAUCGGAGCAGAUCAAUUGAAAGCGUAUCAAGAAAAUUUGGAGUAAAUUGAAAUAAACGAUUCCUGUGGAGGACAGCGGCGACGAAAAUAAUCACAGAAUGACGCAUUAAUCGUAAAACACGGAUUUCACCAGAGGAAUGAGCAGUCCUCGAAAUCAAUUGAGUACCACGGGCGAGGAAAGGACGAGGGUGAUUGUAUCCGCCUGCGAGUCUUCUUCCUCUUGCCGCGAGUCUAGAACCGCCGCCGUUGAUACCUCGAAUAUCGCGCCUCCGUCGAGACGGAAGUGCUUAUGCCCGUCGCGGCCAUUAACAGCAAAUCGCUGCGCGCCGUUUCGUAGACGAGUCUCCUUCAGCGACGCCACUGUCAUUGGGACCGACGGCGAUGAUGAUCGUUGUCGCCGCACGAUGCAGGAUGACGAUCUAAGGAGCACAUGUCGCGACGACGACAGAGAAAUCGAGAGCAAGGCGGAGCGAGAGACGUUUUACGACAUUUGGAAGGCGGACGACUCGUCAACCGGCAGGAGCGACGACGGAUACUCGGAAAGUACACCGAGAAUCGACAAUUACGCGGAGACCCGCUGUAGAGUAUCGGGUUGCACUUUCAACAACAACAAAAGCCAGCGUUUGCAGUCAGAAAAUAUCAACGAGCAGACAGUCGAGAGGGAUGAACACACGCGGGGAGAAUGGACCGGUAACGGUGACGUCUGUCCGACGGAUCGCAUUGCCGGAAAUAAAGCAAGAAACGACGAAGAUGAUACUAUGUGGAACGAGAAUCUAUCAAACUCCAGCCACAAGAACGUAGACUCGAUUGGCCGUAAUGAGUAUCGCAUGCGAGGAGGCUGCGGCGGAUGCUGCUGCGGAGCACGCGAAAACGUCUGGAGGAGUUCACAGGGUUACGGUUGCUGUUGCGGAAGACUCGUACCGGCGCCGAAUGAAUCAUGCGCACCUAGUCCGGACAGAGUCAAGACAGUGUGCGUUAUGCCAUCGCGUUCCUGUUGUUGUCGUCCCCGAGUCUGCAGGAAGUCGGCCAGGUGCGAGCCAUCUCCGUGCACAACGAGUAUCCGAAGUUGCGGCGGUGGUAGAUGUUGCGGCGGCUGCGGGAAACCCGGUCAGAUUUGCACAUCCUCGUCGCCGAGGAUAUGUAACUCGCCAGCUCAUUCCUCGCGCGGGAGAUCGCCUUGCGCUCCGCGUUGUCCACCGCAGCCCUCUUGCUCAAUCAGUGGCUGCAGAAGCUUCUGCAGUGGACCCAACAAUUGUAGGAGGUCGCGCAGCCCAAGAUGUCUGUCUACCAUAAGUAACGGAUGCUGCAGCGUCAAUGACGGAGUGAAAUGCGGCACCGAUGGAGCCUGCUGCCGGCUGAGAUUGCCAUGUGAAUGCCUUGGUGGCGGCCUUGACUGUCGGCGAUGUGGAAGAAAGGUCUACCAGGCUGAGAUGCAGAUCGCCUCCGGAGUACCGUACCACAAUAUUUGCUUCAGUUGCUUUUGUUGCCGAAAGCCGCUGGAACCGUUGACUUAUCAGGAGAACGGCGGCGAGAUCUAUUGCAAACAAUGUUACGUUCGUAAUUUCGGACCGCAAGGAUAUGGUUACGGCGUGGGUGCCGGUGUACUGCAGACACCCUUGUGAUCCCGUCGACUGCUUAGUAUCGGUCGUACACAUGCGAAAGCAUUCAAGUAUAGUUACGACGUUUCUUUAUGCGUUCUUCUAUUUCUUUACGACAGUUAUAAAGUCAUGCGUGAGAGAGCUCAAUGCAUAUUAAGACAUUUGCUUUUGUGUGGCGCCAUAACAUCCUGUACAUUUUUCCGCACGCACACGCAUAUUUAGCGAACGUUUUUACGCGAAUAAAUCCUG